UGACGAUAAAAAGCGUUUUUCCGUUAGGCAAUAAUAAUGACCGAACACACUGCUUUCUGAAAUUCCAAAAACUUUGAUAUUCUGCUAAGUUCCGCAGAAAUUAAAUGGGCCUUUCAAUUAGUGUAAAAGAUAAACAAGAUCUCGAUAAAUUGUAUUGAUAAACAAAAAGAUGACAGAAGAAAAAAGUUCACUGCAGCAGCACGGUUCUCCCACCCACGCGACUGGUAACUGAUGAGUCAUACCACAUCAGAUUCAGAGAGCACCGUAAUGUUUCAUCGUUUUAUAUGCCGUUGUUUCGUCAUGUUAUUCGGAGUACCGUUUUUUCCUUCGGGAUGUAAUUAUGGGAUGUCUUCUCCAGGAGGUAAGAUUUCGUUUGCCUAUACGCAAGUUAAACAUUUCUUUAACCACACGCUUUUAAUUCGUCCGCAAUUGAAAUAUGUCUUAGGAUUCAGAGCGCACUGAUAGCAGCCAUCGGUGCUGUUAUAGACAGGAUAGGAUAGAUAGAUAAAUAGAUAAGAUAUCAUCUGAUAGAUAAGAUAUCAUCUCGUGGAAAUAACCAAUGGUAUAGUUCAAAAUGUUUAGGAUUUGAAGAAUGACACAAUGAGUCUGCAACACUAUUUUGGAGCCAGCUACGAAAGCGGCGCGACCCUGUAAGAUUUUUGCCAAACUUGAAAAGACGUCUACAAUUGCUAUUUCCUUGCAGGAUUACCGGUUUUGGAGCAAAAGUUCACCGUUUCAUCCAAGACUUUCAAACAAAGUCUUUUAUCAAUAGAUGGAUAUUUUUAUCUCACUGCACCUAAGAUUGGAACAUUGUUGGCAUUCGACGACUACGAAUGCAUCUUUUUAUGCCUAAGGAAUCCUUCAUGCUGGUCAGUAAACUUGGCGGUGGCAAGGAAACGCGAUGCAAAGAUUUGGUGUGAGUUGCUGUCUUCUCAUAAGCAUAGAUUUCCUGAGGCAUUCAGAGAAAAUAGGACUUCACAUCACGUUUCCAUUAUGGUGGGGCUUGUUUUGUUAUCUAAAUUGACUUGACUUUUUCCAAAACACUGACUAUCAUAAUACAGAGUAGUUUAAUUUCUAUGAAGUUAAAUUCUUCGUCACGAAACAUUUCUGGCCGUAAAGGUGAAGUGCCUCGUCUCUAUUCAAUCAAUAAGUGUGGUUCGUAAAAGUUUUGUCCUUCUUCUUUUGGUAGUCUCCAUGUUUUUCCUCUCCAUGCCAUAACGGUGGUAGCUGUGUGACAAGCCACAUAGGUUACUCGUUUGAAUGUGUAUGUAAAAAUGGAUUUGUUGGAGAAUAUUGCGAGAAAGGUUUGUACGCUUUCUUAAUUUAUUAUGAUUCCAUUGAUAUUGACAACGUUUUCCUUUUUUUUUCUGUUUUUUAAUUUUGUAACACCAUUUCAUAUUUUAUUCAGAAUAAGCCCACACCUCCAACGUACAGAGACAUUGCUCGUGGGAGGGGUCCACGGGUGCAUAUGACAAUCCCCAGUCCUACAGAAUGAUUAUAUACACAACUGAUGCAACUAAGCUCACUUCAAAUAUCAAUCAGAUGCUAGUGUAGGAAUUCCAAAUAGAAAACAGAACUCAGACUCUAAACGAGAUCGAAUCCAGACUCGAUAGUUUGCGAUUUCCUCCGACGUGACAUGUUAUCGUACAUUGAAGAUACUUCUAAGAGGAGCACAAUCUUCCAAAUAAAUUCUUGCCUCUUUCACAAGAGCCUCUCCAUUAAGCGAACACAUUUAUUUCGAGGCUGUUAUCACAUAACCCACACUUUUCACUUCCUUUCCGUUCCUAACUAUGUAACGUAUUUCUAAAGUCAUCUUCUUAUCUUCUAGCUAUAAAAUCAUGCAAGGAGGCAUAUGGUGCAUCCAAGUAAGUGGCAAUGACUGCUUUCCCUUUCAAACCGAUUUAUCCCGUAAUUUCCUCACCUAUGACGCCUGAGACGCAGAUGUGACCAGGUGGCUGGAAUCGCUUUGGACCCGCAAAGUUUACUGCGAAAAUAUUAAUGUUAUAAAUUUGUUUAAUGAAGAUAAAUAAUUAUUUCCUUACCUUCUCGAACUCAACUUUAACAGAUCAAAUACGAGUAAACUGGUUUCCCUACAUCUGGGCUCACAGCCAAUGACAGUUCUUUGUCACAUGGGAGAUUUUGGAUGCGGACAUGGGGGAUGGACGCCAGUAAUGAAGAUUAACGGCAACAAGGUACCAUGCGGAAUUGAUUUUCUACCUAUUGCGUGUCGUGAUCGACCACUUGAGAGAUAUUUUUUUUUCACAGGUGCUGACUGACUUAUUGACAACGAGGGCGACUUCUGCUCUCUGUUCAUGUCUCCGGCUGACAUCUCCUUGACUAAGGGGAAAGAUACUAUAUGUCAAAUGGGUUGGGAGGGAGGGAUCGUAUCAAACUUUCUAAAAACGAUCAGGAUAAUACGGUGGAAAAUUAAAAAAUCAAUAAUAAAAUUAUAUCAUAUUAUAAAUUAUUCUCCCAGAGUACCUUCGGCUUCUGCUCUCUGUUCAUGUCUCCGGCUAACAUCUCUUUGACCAAGUGGACAGACACUAUAUCAAAUGGGUCGCGGGGGGAAGGGAUGGGUGGGCCGUAAGAUUUUUUGGGGAUCACAUAGAUUUCAGGGGGAAUGGAGCGGGGAUCAGUUGUCACUAGCGGAGUAUAAAGGGGGGGACUAUAUAAAUUUGACUGCCGAUGAGAAGGGGUCAUUCGAAUACUACAGAUCCAUGGAGAGGGGGGAGAGGUGUCAAGUGUAUUAUUGUGACACGACAAAACUCCUCCAACCCCUCCCUGGUAAUGAAAAAUGAUCGCUCCCUAAAUUGGCUCUAAUUGACCCUGCAUUAAUAUUGAUAACGAAAUAAUGCCACACCUUACUUUACCAAGUCAUGCAUAUUUCAUGAUCCUUAGCUUCCUCUCAUUGCCUUUUCUUGCUCUCUGAAAGCAAUUUUAAAUUUAAUUCUAGCGCAGAACAAACAGUUAAUUUGAGAAGAGAAAUAUUAUAAUCGUCACAAACUAUCUAAAAACGGGCAGGAUAAUGCGGUGGAUAGAUAAAAAAGCAGUGAUAAAAUUUUAAUAAUAUCAUGAACUACUCUCCCAGAGUACCUUUCACUAUGAUUCCGUUUACUGGAGCAAUAAACUUGAAUACAACACUGCUGGAGGGGAGACUGGAUUCGACUUACAAGAGACCAAGUUACCUACUUACUGGGACACAUCCUUCUCAAGGAUCUGUCUCGGUAUGAAGAUCGGUGAACAGGUCAGCUUCAUUGUAAUCAACAUGAAGGCCAGCUCUCUUUACUCAUUGAUCACUGAGGGGAAAUACCGAAGCACCUCAUUGGGUCGUGACACGUGGAAGAAGCUUUUUGGCUCAGAGGCCUCGUUGCAGCGUUACUGUAACAUGGAAGGGUUCAAUGUUAUCUGUGGUGGGUCUUUUUUUUCCAAAGCAAGAAUCGGCAUAGCUACUAACAACCAGGAUCACUGCAAUUCUUGCGACUCCAGGAUUGGGUUUGGUACAGGAGGGCAAUAUGAUGACUUUAACACAUGUGGAAACGAGGCUUCGAUUUCACCGGAUAAUGGAGAUAAACACAUUAAAGCCAUGGGUUACAUUUUGGUGUAUUGAAACCAAGAGAAAAACGCGGAAAGUUUAUUCAAAUGUUACGAUUGGAUUCAGAAAGAUUUAGUGAUAAAUAAAAAAGCCUAUUUCGAAAAUCUUAAAUGUAACGAACAUUCGAAGAAGACUUUGAUUACGUAAUCGUUCUGUUAUGAUUUAAAGUAGGGAAAAAGUUCUGUUUUGUUUCUUUGUCGAGUUUACACCCCAAUUUUCCAAGUGUACUUUUCUUCACACUUUGAAUUACCUACUUAGCUAGCAUUCAAGAUAAACCAGUUUGCAAUUGUAUGCGUGAACUAUACCCUUAUAGUGGUACGCCCCUUAAGAGUCGAGUCAGUUGGAGUUAGGAGAUCGACGGAGAUAGAUCAGAGUUUCUUUUUACACAAGAUUGUUCCAAUUACGUAACGUUGCAGUUUCUCUAAGCUCGUAGAGACAAUCAGACGUAAGUUCCAGCUUAUUGUAUUUAGUUUCCUUUUCUUUUCGACUUCGCUUGUUUUGUAACUAGUCUCAGCCCAUUUUUUUAUCUUAUACAUUACAAUUUCCUUUUUCCAGUUUUCACCGCAUGUGUACGAUAGUCAAACGAUAG